AUGGUUCCUAAAACAUCGUUACAAUCGCUUUCUAUUCGAUAUUUCCAUUCGAUCCUGAGAUUGAGACAUGAGAAUCCAUUGGGAUUACCACGAGUUGGUCGAGAUGGCAAGGAGCCUUCAGUUCCCAGAAUGUCAAAAGGGUUGCCCAUUAAGCAAAGAAUACCCAACGUGAAAAGAAUUGUAUUGGUUUCUUCAGCAAAAGGAGGGGUUGGUAAAUCCACUGUAUCGGUAAACUUAGCACUUGGUCUUUCAAAGUUGGGGAAAAAGGCCGGUGUUUUAGAUGUAGAUUUGUUCGGACCUUCAAUCCCGAAGUUAUUCAAUUUAAGUGGUGAACCAAGAAUUUCCGAUAACGGCAAAUUGCUACCUUUAAGUAACUAUGGAGUUGAAACCAUGUCUAUGGGGUACUUGAUAGCACCCGAAAACCCAGUGGUUUGGAGAGGUUUGAUGGUCAUGAAGGCAUUACAACAAUUGUUAUUCGAAGUUGCAUGGUCCCCUCUUGAUUAUUUAGUCAUAGAUAUGCCUCCAGGUACUGGUGAUACUCAAUUGACUAUAAGUCAGCAAUUGAAAGUUAAUGGAGCGGUCAUUGUUUCUACGCCUCAAGACAUUGCUUUAAUUGAUGCGGUGAAGGGAAUAUCAAUGUUCAAUAAAGUUCAUAUCCCUAUCCUUGGUUUGGUUCAGAACAUGAGCUAUUUCGUUUGUCCCAAUUGCCAUCAUGAGUCCCAUAUUUUUGGAUCGGAUGGUGCUAAAAGAGAAGCAGAAAAAUAUGGAUUACAAGUACUUGGUUCUAUUCCUUUGAAUGAACAGAUAUGUCUCCAAUCUGAUAAGGGGAAACCUAUAGUUGUAGCUGAUCCUCAAUCUCCCUUAGCUGAUUCUUAUAUCGAAGUUGCGCGGAAGAAUAUUUCUACAGGUGAAUUGAAUGACAUUGAUGGUUUGGAUUCUUUUAGUUUGAGGUCAUUACUGAAUAGUCUUCAUUGGAAUAAGCCUAUUGACAGUUCUAUGAAUUCUUUAGUUGAAUUACAAACAGAAGCAUCAAACGGAAGAAGAACCAUUACAGAUAUGCACCCAGUGCUAGUGGAAACCACUAUGAUUGCAUCUCUAAGUGCUCCUGCUGAACACUCAGAUUAUUUCACUACUACUACUAUGUAUGAUACUUCUACUCAAGCACAUAUUCUUCCUUCCCCGUCUCAAGUAACAAUCCAUCAAACGGAAACAAGUAUUGUCAAAGUCACUGAAACAGUUACUCAUUACUUUCUGACAACAGUUUCUUGGACGAAUGCUUUGAUGACACCAACACCUUCACCUUCACCAACUUCUUCUUCACCAACUGACGUUAAUAAUGUUCCUGUUUAUACGAGCAUCUACUCCAGCGCUUCACAAUCAACAAUAGGGUCUAGUUCAUUUCAAGAAGACAAUAUUAAAGUAUCUUCAAAUAUUCAUGAGACCCAAUCCACUUCUAAUCUGGGAUCUAAAAUUGGUACUUCAUUUUCCACUGCUCGUAAACCCUCCAAUGUUAACGCAAUUUUGAACAAGAAGAAUUCUAACAGCAAAUUAUCAAUUAAUCCACAAUUCAAGUACCAUAAUCAAGACUAUAAACCAUCGAUUGUUCAAUCAUAUGCAAAACCCAAAAUCCCCCAGAUUGGUGGGAUUUGGAACAAGUUGAAAAAUAUGAACCAUCAGUUUAUUGGAAAUCGUGAACCUUCCAGUGAACUUUCCUUGGAUAAAAAUAUCCCCUUGGCAACGGAGACGGUUAAGAGUGUUUAUGAAGUUGCAUUAAAGGUGAAACCUACAAAAGUCCAAGAUAUUGAGUUAGCAAACGAAUCGAUACUUCCAUCUAAAACUGUAACUCAGGGUUAUCUGAAGACCUAUCCAGCUUUUAAAAUGCUGGCGGAUUCGAUGGUUUCAGUACAAACAUUUCACAUCGAAGAUGGUGAUUAUGUUUAUGAUUUCAUCAUUGAAAAAGAUCAACCACAAUCUGUACCCAGGCAUUCAUCAAAAACACAGUUUGAUAUUUUGCAUGUUCCUCCAGAGUUACAACAUAGUGAGUUGAAGUUCACAAAUGGAUCUGAAGUUUCUCAACUUGCCACCGGAAAUGGCAUGAAUCUGAUGAUAUUGAACUCAAGUGGAGACAGCAACAUUGAAGUGGGCAUUGGACAUGCAUUGGAAUAUUCUAACUUACAAGACGAAACUACACAAGACUUGUUUGCAGGUAUUUAUAAAGAAGAUGAUUUUGAAUUCUUAAAGAAUGGCGCUACAGGGUUUAUGAGUUCCAACACCAUCCUUGUAACUCUUGUAGCAAUGAUUGCACUUUGGCUUUGA